UCCUACGCUUCUGCUCCGCCCUGCUUUACCAGGCUUCUCCAUGUCUCCACGCCGGUUGACCAUCAAUCUACCUGCCACGGUCUGGUGCAAUUCUAAUAUACAACUACCGUCUAUACUAUAUCGUCCAUACCGGUUUUCCAUAUUUACACCCACACCCACGAUCGCGAUCGCUCUCGCUCUGCUGUGUGCGUUGUACAGCUUGACUCGCGUUUCAACCAUCUCAUGCUGUGUACUGUUGUUGCUGGGUACCGUCUUUGUUUGUGCUACAAGAUGCAGUGUUGUCCUGUUUCGUCUGAUGAUGAUAAAGGUAAAUGGCAGUGGUGAACAAUGGGUCGAUGGGUUUGCAAGUUUUCGUCCGCUUUGCAUGUUUGCAUCGAUUGAUAGAAAUCCUGGAGAUGAUAUAUGUGCAUCAAUAUGGUAGCAAAGAAUAUCAAUGCGUGAUGGAAACCGGAUAGCAAACCUCCUGUUCCUGCUCCCCACUCCGAAACCCAUCGACAAAGACAUACAGACGAUCCGUGUUGGUGUUGAGCGCUUAUCUGCCUUAUCCCCGGGGAGGUUGCCCCGCGCGACGCUUUGUUUGGGCCAUUGCGUCAGUCUUCCCCAGCCUCCCCUCAACCUCCUCAAUUUUGGCUCGCGCCUGCCAGCCACAUCCAAAGCCAACCACCACAUUUCCCAUCUCCACCGCCCAUCACUAUCGGAGACCCUCUGCUCUACCAAAGCUAAACUCCUUCCUCCCCACUCUCUCCCCAAUUCUUACUUACCGCUGCACACAUUCCUGACCAGCUCCAUUGCAGUUACUUGCCUUCCUGCCACGCUACACUCUCGCUGCGAAUCCUCCCCACUGGUGCCUCGCCUGCCAUGGCGCCCUCACCACUCACCAUUCUCUCCGACUUGAGCGGCCUCUCCCCCAAGGCUGUUCGUGACGUCCACCUCGCCAAACGCUACAAGGUCAACCCCGCCGAUGGGGCUACUCCCGCCGAUGCCUUCAACAAUGUCGGUGUUCAGAUCGUCUUCGCCUUAUUGGGUGCCGGCAUGGUCAUCACGGCUCUAUGGUUCUUCUUCUGGGCUAAGAACGGCGGAUUCAAGUGGAAUGCUCAACAGGAUUGGGAGGACUACAAGUCAACCGUGCUACGACGCAAAGGACCGGACGGAAAGACUCUCAGUAAUGCCACCAAGAGCACCAAGCUCGGUGGCGGCAGUGUCGUGCAUGAUGGCAGCUACGGGGCCCCUAGCAGCUUUGGAUACUCCGACGAGACAGAGACCACCGUCAGCGAGAUGAAGGAAGCCGAGGAGGGCCAAGGUCGUCGCGCCUUUGGUAUUCGUGGUGGCGACGGCGAGAAGAAAUCCAAGCGUUCUCGCCGUGACCGCGAAGCCAGCCGCAACGACCCUGAGCUUCUCCAAUACCGCAAGGAACGCUCUGCCCGCGUUGGCGGCAUCAACCGUGAAGCCGACGGCAUGUACACUGAUUAUUCUGCCACUGGGACCGAACCUUCUGAACUGGGCUCCAACGUCUCUAGCCGCCCCCUCGUAAAAGACAAGGACAAGAAAAAGGCAUCCCCCAAGGACCAGAAGAAAGAAGCCAAAGAAAAGGAGCGUCGCGCCAAGGAACGCAUGCGCCAGGCUAAGCUCGCUGAGAAGGAAGCCGCCAAAGCCGCCGCCGCUCAAGCAAAAGCCCAGAAAGCUGCCGAGAAGGAGGCUGUCAAGAAGGACAAGGCUGAGCAGAAGAAGGCCAAAAAGACCAACCGUUCCGAAUAUGAGCCCACGCCGUCCGAAGCCCCUCCUAUGACCGAAUACACUGCUGCUCCCAUGACUGAAUACACCGUUGCCCAGUCCGAUUACACCGCCUCUGAAGUCCCUGAACGAGCAGGCCGCCGCGCUCCUCCUUCCGCAGCCUAUUCCUUCGUGACUGGCGACGAUGAUGAUCAGACUGUCUACACCGGCGUUUAUACCGACAACCCUUCUCCUCCUCGCGCUGCCCCCUCGGAGCCGGAGACAUCUUACUACUCCGACUACCGCCCCAACGGACGUUCCUCAUCUCGCCCCCGCCAAUCCCACACUCGUCGUGAAUCUCAAUCUGCCCGUCCUCAAGGUGCCCGUUCUCGCCCCACCUCUCAAUCCCCUCGCAAGCAGCACCGUUCUUCCCGCCAAUCCACCGCCCCUCCUGCUUCCGACAUCUUCACUGCCGCCCUGGGUGAGUCUCACGGUACCAUGUCAUAUCCGUGCCACAUUCCAGGCCUCAGCACCGCCGGCAGUGUCGCUGUCAGUGACAGCGUGAGCCAGGCCGGUCACCGUCAAGAAAGGAAGCAGCGCGAUGUCAUGGCUGGCUAUCGCCGAGGAGAGGUCAGGAGAGUGCGUCGUGAUUCGUUGAGCGACAGCGACUGA